CACGCCCUUAUUAUACUCAUUCUUGUAAUUAAUAAACACUUCAGGACUAAAUUAUUCUUUCUGUUCUGUUCAUCAAUGGCGUCUGAGGUUGUACGAGAGGAAUUAGACUGCUCCAUAUGCCAUGAUUUGUAUACAGAACCGGUGACACUGAGAUGUGGGCACAGCUUCUGCCUCGCUUGUAUCAACAACUGCUGGGACAGUCAGGGGGCGAGAGAAAAAGAAUACUCCUGCCCUGAAUGCAGAGACACCUCCAUGAGGAGACCUGAGGUAACAAGGAACCUGAGACUGUGCAACAUCGUGAAAUGUCUCCAUUCUAACCAGACGGAAAAGCAGGUGACUGGAAUUGUUUGCACUUACUGCAUUUACUAUCAGGUACCUGCGGUUAAAACUUGUCUCCUGUGUGAGGCGUCGCUGUGCCAUACUCACCUGGGGGUGCACAACAAGUCUGAGGAACACGUCUUAACUGAACCCACCACCUCCUUCGAAAACAGAAAAUGUUCCUUGCACAAGAAGCUCCUGGAGUAUUAUUGCUCCGAAGAUGGUACGUGUAUCUGUAUGUCCUGCUGUAUUGCCAAAGAGCACCAAGGGCAUCAAGUGGAGCCCCUAAAAGAAGCUUGGGAGCGGAGGGUUAAAAAACUAAGACAUUUGCUUGAAAGAUCCGCUUCAGAUCAAAAGAUGACCGAGACAAGUAUAGAGAAGCUGAAACAGCAACAAGAUCAUAAAUGUUCCACCAAUGCAACAGAAGAAGUUACUGGCGUUUUUAGAGAAAUCCAGGAGAAGCAGAGAACCUUGGAAAAUAAAAUCCUGAGUGAGAUCUCUGGGCAGGAGAAGAAGGCGACCCUUGCGUUCUCCGAUCAAAUCACAAAGCUGGAAACGAGGAAGGAUGAGCUGUCCAGGAAGAUUGGUCACAUUGAGGAGCUGUGCAACAUGGAUGAUCCAAUAAAAGUCUUAGAAGAAUCAGAGAGAGAUGAGUUUUGUUCUUCUGAGGAGGGGGAAGCGGAGACUCUGGCCGACGAUAUGGAUCACGUUCUGAUAUCGGGCUCUUUACUCACUGCGUUGAUGGAUGUUGUGAUGGAUCUCAAAGAGAAGACUGAAAUCUGUGUCCAAAAGGCUUCAGACUUGCUACUCAAUGGCUUGGCCAGUCCAAUGUGUUCAUCUGGUUCAACAAACACGAAACGCAAGGGGCAAUCUACCAUCUGUGGGGACCAGCAGCCGGACUCAGGGGGCCCACCAGUGGUUGUAAAAAGUAAACAGGUGGCACAUUUUAAAAUGAACUACUCAGAUACAGUCUUGCCCAGACUAGACUCGCAGCAAGUUUCCAACAUUGUCCUCGAUGAAGGAACAGCUGCCACCAACGUCAAGCUGAAAUACAAAAACAGUUUCAUCACUUGGUCAGAAAUCCAACUGCGAGAAGAAACAGCAGAAAGGUUUGAGUCCGGGCAGGUUUUAAGCGUCACCAGGUUUUCGUCGGGACAACAUUACUGGGACGUGGAGACCAGCGAGUCGGGAUACUGGAGGGUCGGGGUGGCCUAUCCCUGUAUACAGAGGAAAGGACAAGCGUUCUGCAUCGGAGAUAAUAAAGAAUCGUGGUGUCUGAGUAUGUUGUGCGGGAACUAUUCUGCGGUGCACGACGGUAAAGAGAAAGACUUGUCCCGGCGGCACAUACAGGGAAAUCGCUUCCGAAUAUUUGUAAACUACGAGUCCGGCCUGCUGGCAUUUCAUCACCUGAAGGACUCAGUAAGAACCAUACACACCUUCACUGCCCAAUUCACCGAGCCCCUUCAUGCGGCAUUCUGGGUAUCGUCCGGCGCUUGGGUGAGAAUCAACUCCACUCCAUUCCCUUUGUAG